GCUUAUACUAAUUCUCCCUGAUAACAACAACCAUCAGAAAACCCUAGCCACCUUCCGCUUACAUAUAAUUCAAAGAAUCGGAGAGAGAGAGAGAGAGAGGGUGCAAAAUGGUGUCCGGAUCGGGGAUAUGUGCGAAGGUGGUGGUGGUGGAUGCGCGGCAUCACAUGUUGGGGCGACUGGCGUCGACGGUAGCGAAGGAACUGCUGAACGGGCAGAAAGUGGUGGUGGUGCGGUGUGAGGAGAUUUGCAUGUCCGGAGGACUGGUAAGGCAGAAGAUGAAGUACAUGAGAUUCCUCCGCAAGCGCAUGAACACCAAGCCUUCUCAUGGACCCAUUCACUUCCGCGCCCCUGCUAAGAUUUUCUGGCGUACUGUUCGUGGAAUGAUCCCACACAAAACUAAGCGCGGGGAAGCUGCACUUGCACGUUUGAAGACUUAUGAGGGUGUCCCAUCCCCAUAUGACAAGAUGAAGAGGAUGGUUAUCCCUGAUGCCCUUAAGGUGUUGAGACUUCAAAAGGGACAUAAGUACUGCCUGUUAGGCCGGUUAUCAUCUGAGGUUGGAUGGAACCACUAUGACACCAUCAGGGAGCUGGAGAAGAAGAGAAAGGAGAGAUCUCAAGUUUUGUAUGAGAGGAAGAAGCAACUGAAUAAACUUAGGGUGAAGGCUGAGAAGGUUGCAGAGGAGAAACUUGGUUCCCAGAUUGAGAUACUGAGUGCUGUUAAGUACUGAGUGCUAGGAGCUUAGCUAGUUGCUCACAAUUUUGUUCAGGUUAUCGCUUAAUGGACAUUUGCUAUGGUUUUACUCAUGGAAGAAAUUAGAUUUAGAAUUCAGUUUUUUCUGUUUGAAUGAUUUUGAUAUGGGACUUGCUAUAUUUGCGAAUGCAUCUUGGUGCUAAA